AUGGGGGAGUCGAUCCCGCUGGGCGCGCCGGUGCCGGUGGAGCAGGCCGUGCUGGAGACCUUCUUCUCCCACCUGGGCAUCUUCUCCUACGACAAGGCCAAGGACAAUGUGGAGAAGGAGCGGGAGGCCAACAAGAGCGCGGGGGCCAGCUGGCUGGCCCUGCUGGCCGGGCUGGCGCACCUGGCCGCCGCCGAGAAGGCCUACCACAGCAUGACCUUCCUGGGCCAGAAGCUAGGUGGUCAGUCAUUCUUCAGCCGAAAGGACUCCAUCCGAACCAUCUACACAUCUCUGCAUAAUGAGCUGAAGAAGGUGGUGGCGACGGGUCGCAAUGCACUAGGAGGAACAGCUCCUCACUUGGAAGAGCUGCUUUCUCACCUGUCUGAACAGCUCUGUUUUUUUGUUCAGGCUCGUAUGGAAAUUGCAGACUUCUAUGAAAAAAUGUACACGCUCAGCACCCAAAAGUUCAUUAACUCUGAGGAACUGGUAAACAUUUUGGAAUCCAUCUUAAAGAAAUACAGCUCAAGAUUUCAUCAUCCAAUCCUCAGUCCUCUUGAAAGCAGUUUCCAGCUGGAAGUAGAUGUGCUUGCACAUCUCUUAAAGGCUCAGGCUCAGAUCUCAGAGUGGAAGUUCCUUCCAUCCCUGGUCAACUUGCACACUGCUCACACAAAACUACAGACUUGGGGCCAAAUUUUUGAGAAACAGCGAGAGACCAAGAAGCAUCUGUUCGGAGGGCAGUCUCAGAAGGCUGUACAACCUCCGCACCUCUUCCUCUGGCUGAUGAAGCUCAAAAACAUUCUCCUUGCCAAGUUUAGCUUUUACUUCCAUGAGGCCCUUAGUCGACAAACAACAGCAUCUGAAAUGAAAACUUUGACUGCUAAAACAAAUCCUGAUUACUUUGGGAAAAUUUCCAGCUUCAUCCGGAAGUAUGAUGCUGUCAAUGUUUCCUUAAUUUUUGACAAUCGUGGAUCAGAGAGUUUUCAGGGACAUGGUUAUCAUCAUCCCCAUUCUUACAGGGAAGCCCCCAAAGGAGUGGAUCAGUACCCUGCAGUGGUGUCUCUGCCCAGCGACAGGCCUGUUAUGCACUGGCCCAAUGUAAUCAUGAUUAUGACUGAUAGAACCUCUGACCUCAACAGUUUGGAGAAGGUUGUUCACUUCUACGAUGACAAAGUCCAAAGCACGUACUUUCUGACUCGCCCCGAACCUCACUUUACCAUUGUAGUUAUUUUUGAGUCCAAGAAGUCAGAAAGGGACUAUCAUUUUAUUUCUUUUCUCAAUGAAAUUUCACAUUCCCUUAAGAACUCCAAAGCUUUUGCCAGCUUGAAGCCUGGAUCCAAAGGGUAAAAUGCAAACUACUUACAAGUUGUCAAGGCAGUAUGCCAGCCUUGGGGGAGCUGUAGCUUUCAAGGAUUACACAAAUUCAUGAUUCUCAGAGUCUAAUUAAAAAGGAACCAUUAUUUUUAAUGUUUUUAAGUUCCUUUUUUUUUUUAAGCUAACAGACAUCUGAAGAAAAGGAUUUUUGGGCAGUACUCAGUGGGACAACUUAAUUGAGGGGUGCUCAAUGGCCACAGUACGACUUUUUUUGUGUUUUCAGUAUGAUUUAUUUUUUUAGUCCACAACUUUGUUGUCUGUAUCAGAAGGGAAUAUAUGCACUUUAUCUUAGUCUGAUCAUUGACUGACUUCUACAGAGUUUAUUGAAAAUGUGGUGAGGAUGGAAGAUACUGUCUUUUCAGAAAACUGCAUUGCCUGACAGGAAUUAUUUCUGGGAACUAUACACUGAUAGCAGGGAAUAUUAAAAAAAGUGAACCUGCAAGAACAAAUUUUAAAUAAAAACCACAAGAAUCACAAAAGGCACUAUUGUUAAUUACAACUUAGUUUUCAAAUGGUUUAAAAUGAUAACUGAGGUCUCUGACACUCUCUGUUAAGUACCAGUCUCUAUUCUGAACACCCUGUGUCAUAAAGCUUUGUCAUUGCUCCAGAACACAGGCUGGGGUGAGAAAAGCUGCAGCGUGGGCUGGAAGGCCAGUAUUCACUGGAGUGUUGUGACAUUGUGUGUCCGGUACCAGUCUUGGCUUGGAUUAACUGGAGACAAGCUGAGGUUGAGCAGGUAUUCUAGAAGGAACAGCUCCAUGGCAAAAGCAGCAAAGGUCUUUUCAAAUUGUGCUUUUGUCUGGCUACCUUUUAAAAAAAAAAAAAAAAAAAAAAAAACGGUGGUAGGAAAUGCCAGUUGUAAAUGAGUUAUUUUCUAAUUUGCUGUUAGGGUCAACCUGGAUUUGUUUUCAGGUUUUUAUAAGUAUAUAGUUUUUUCUUUCUGUUCAGUUUUAAAUAAUUUCACAAUUAAGCCAAAUAACUUUUGGAAUUUGGAUUUAAAUAUCUAGCCUAUGCAGUACAUUUACCUCAUUCUAAAAUUCUCUUUCACCACUAACUUCUAUGCUCCAGGUUUGGAAAAAGUAUGUUUUCUAGUUACCCUGAAAGUGCUUUAUUUUGGAAAUCAGUAUUUCCAAAUAAAAUAAAAAGGUCAAUUUGGCUGUACCUAUAGCCUUAUAUUGCACGAUUCUUCUGACCGUUAGCUAUGCAGUUGUGCAAGCACUUUCAUGGGAAUUCAGGAGGACUGAUAUGGGUCUGCUGUAUGAUGUAUGUCAAUGUAGUAAAGUUAGAUCCUUAGCCGACACUGUGUAAGGUAUAACAUCAUCAGGUUUGUUUUAAAAGGGAGUUUAAGUCAAAACGUUGGUUUCUGUUAAGACUGAAAUAUAAGAGAUACCAUUGCAGACAUGGCUUUUACUGAUUCCCUUUCUCUCCCACAAAAGGUUAUGGUAACUUGUCUUGCCUCUUGCUGCAAGUACUGAUUUCUUUACAAUCACAUAAGCAUGUUCUGUUCUUGAAAUGUAAGCUCUGACUUUCCGCUUUGUGCCAAAUAGAGCCAUCCAUGCUUUGCUAUGUUUGUCUGUUGUGAGUAUCUGUGCUACUGCCUUUCACCUGACGUCUUAGCCUGACUGCAGUACCUCUCUCAAAAGUUUACAGGCUGCUCUUUGCUACUGGAAAAUAACAGGAGUUGCAAAUAUGCUAGCAACUGGAGGGCACCUGGUUGUAACAGCGUUACGCUUUGCAGCUUGAAUUGCCCUUUUAACAGGACAAAGUUGCAAGUGACGGUAUUGAGAGAGUUUGUGUGCUUCCCUCUGUGGGAGGGUGACCUUGUAAUAACGUUGUACUACUGACUUCCUCAGCCUGAGUAACAGAAAAGAGGCUGUUGCCAGAACUGAUUCCCAGUCUUCAGCAGCGUAAUAAAGUGUUGCACAAAUUC